AUGAAGUUUAGCUCUUGUUUACUCAACACAGCAGCUCUUUUACUCGGUAGCAAUGUUGCUGCCGAAGUGUUUAUUGUUGAUAAUGACACACCAACAUCUUUGCAAGUGCUCUUGCCUUUGGCGGCAGGGAAAAAAGUGCUAGGUAUUACGACCAAUUUGGGAGAUUACGAUACGGAGGCAGCUACAUACGAGGCGGCCAUGGCUCUGUCGCCAGGAAACUUAACUUCAUGCGUGCCAGUUUACAAAGGUGCAGAGCAGCCACUUGUCUUGGACUACAACACGUACCAUUUAUGGCAAGACCUUUACGGCAGUAUAGUGUGGCAAGGUGCCUGGGACAAGACCUACGAGAGCCCUGUCCCAGCCAAUGCUACUUUCGAGUACAACAAAACGGUUGGAGCCCCACAAUGGAUUAUGGAUACAGUCAAAAACUCCAAGGAUAAUGUAACGAUUGUAGCGGCUGGUACCAUGACAAAUUUGGCCAUUGCGCUAGCUCAAUGGCCCGAAAUGGCCGAAAAGGUAAAGCUGGUCAUCAUGGGAGGUUACGUUGAUGGCCAAAUGGCCCAAGUCACGGGUGGUGAUUUCGUCAACGAUCUGUACUCCGACUUUAACCUAAUGAUCGACCCAGAAGCAGCGCAGAGAGCCUUGUCUGCAUCAUGGAGAGAGUUAGUGAUUGUGGGUAACAUCAGCUCCCAAGUUUUCCCAACACAAAACCUUUACAAUGAAUUGGUUGCUGUAUCUGGAGGAUUGGCAACUAUUGAAAACAAAACUUCUUUGGCGUACGUCAAGGAAACCGUGGGCAAUGGAACUCUGCCCUCUUUCAACCUUCCUUACUGGGAUGAGGUUGCAUCUGCAAUUGCAGCUGCUCCAGAUAUUGUGACAGGGUCAUAUGAAGCCUACGUGUCUGUCGACACCUCGUUCUCGUCUCCUUUUUACGGUAGUUUGAGAAUGGUACCCUCAGAUUUACGUGCGAAGAAGGGUGUGAAAACGGGUAAAGCCACCAUGAUCACUUCAAUUGACGUCGACAAAUUCAACGACUUGAUUGUGGACGCCUUGGUUAGAGACUGGACUAACUACUGCACAAUCGGCAAUGCGCCAAGUGUUGCCAUUUUGUAA